UGAUCGAACACGUGAAUGGUAACAACGUGUUCUGAAUCCUUUUUUUCCUGCAUUUCUUAAUUUAGUGAUAAUGAUGAUGAAGAUGAUGGAUGCGGAAAAUCAAUUUUCAGAUGCAAUCGAACAACAACAACAUCAAGAUGAUGAUCUAAGUUAUCGUUUACAAAAUCAACAUAUCGAUCGACAAACAAUAGAAUCUGAUGAUGAUGAUAAUGAUGAUGAUGAUUGUGAUGAUGUUUUAUAUGAUGAUGAUGCUGAUAAUAUCGAUUCGAAAAUCGAACAUAAUUAUUAUCAACCAAUAAUGAAAAAAUUCAGUAAAUAUGUUGAUAAAAUUAAUCUAGAUCAAUAUGAAAUUCCACAUAAAACAAUAAACUUGUUGAAUGAAACGGAUAAACGAAUGGUUGAAGAACGAAAACGUAUCAAAGAUAAAUGUGAUCGAGCGACUGUUGAACAGGUACUUGAUCCACGUACUCGAAUGAUAUUAUUCAAAUUGAUUAAUCGUGGUUUUAUUGAUGAAAUUAAUGGCUGUAUAAGUACCGGAAAAGAAGCAAAUGUUUAUCAUGCAACAUCCUCGAAUGAUGAUGAUAAUAUGGGUGACAAAGCUGUUAAAAUAUAUAAAACAUCUAUUCUUGUGUUUAAAGAUCGUGAUAAAUAUGUAAGCGGUGAAUUUCGUUUCCGUCAUGGAUAUUGUCGUCAUAAUCCAAGAAAAAUGGUACGAACAUGGGCUGAAAAAGAGAUGCGUAAUCUUUGUCGAAUUCAUCAAACAGGAAUACGUUGUCCAAAACCAUAUAUUCUACGUAGUCAUGUAUUGGUCAUGGAUUUUAUCGGUCAAAAUGGUAUACCAGCACCUUUAUUAAAAGAUGCUACAUUGAAUGAGAAAAAAUCUCGUGAACUUUAUCUGGAAUGCAUUCUAAUGAUGAGAAAAUUAUUCAAUGAAGCACAUCUUGUACAUGCUGAUCUAAGUGAAUUCAAUCUACUUUAUAAUGAUGGUACCAUCUUUAUGAUUGAUGUAUCACAAUCAGUCGAACAUGAUCAUCCACAUGCAUUAGAUUUUCUACGAAAAGAUUGUACAAAUAUCAAUGAUUUUUUUCGCCGAAAAGGUGUAUUAACAAUGACCACCAAAGAAUUGUUUGAUUUUGUUAUUGAUCCUAAUAUAAAUGAAACAAAUAUUGAUCGAUAUUUGGAAAAAGCACAAGAAUUGGCUGAAAAAAGAUCAAAAAUGAUAGAAGAAACAGGAGAUAAUCAUUUGAUUGAUGUUGAUGAUGAAGUAUUCAAACAAGUUCAUAUACCACAACGAUUAGAACAGGUAACAACAUUUGAAAAUCGACAACAAAAUCGUGAUCAAACACAUUAUAGAACGUUGGCCGCAUUGAAUCAAGAAUUGAAUGGUCCACUUACGAAACCUGCAUUAUUGGCUGAUGAUGAUGAUGAUGAUGACAGUGCAGGCACCAAUAAUGAUGAUAAAUCUGACGACGACAAUGAUGAAUCGGAUAAAUCAUCAUCUGGUGGAUUUCGUCAUUCUGCGCGACCCAAAUAUGAAACAACCGAAGAGAAAAAGUUACGUAAACAGGCAAUCAAACAAGAGAAACGAGAUAAACGGCAAAAUAAUAAAAUGCCGAAACAUGUGAAAAAACGGAAAGAAAAAUUGGGAAGAAAUAAUAAAAAAUAAAUUCAAAAUCAUGAUGUCACAUUGAAACGAUU